GCUCCGACCAAUACAGGCCAAAUUCACAAGACAGUAGCAAGCUAGCAUCGACAGCACAAAGCACCCCCUGCGCAACCAGCAGUUCAGAAAUAACGUCUCAUGAAGCAGUCGUUGGCGGCGAUUGUUUGGUAUAGCAAGCUCUACAUAUUUAACACUGAUAUAUUCAGUGUGGUUUGUGUAGAAGAAGAUCAAGAUUAUUUACUUGGAAAAAGAGAUACUGAAAGGGGGGCAAGGAAAACAAACUGAGACAGGAGUCUGCUCGGCAGCAGAGAACCGAUAGGCUCGGGAUUGAUAUGGCAAUGUCCCUUAUUCAAGCCUGCCGCAGCCUGGCUCUGUCAACAUGGCUGCUCUCUUUUUGUUUUGUACAUUUGCUGUGCCUGGACUUCACCGUCGCGGAGAAAGAGGAAUGGUACACCGCAUUUGUAAACAUUACCUACAUAGAUCCUGCUACUUCGGAUAUCAAAACAGAGAAGACCGAAUGUGGCCGCUAUGGCGAACAUUCACUGAAGCAGGAUGCCAAGGGGAUGGUGGUAAUGCCCUAUUUUUUGCACGAUAGACAGGCUUGCGAUCCGAACACUAAAUUUGCGAUUCCUGCUAAUGCUAGCUCGUGGGUAGCUUUAAUAGCCAAAGGGAACUGUACUUACAAAGACAAAAUCCGUCAUGCUGCAAGCCAAAACGCUUCUGCAGUCGUCAUAUUUAACGUGGGUUCCAGCAAUGCCAAUGAAACUAUCACAAUGCCCCAUCAAGGUGCGGGCGACAUUGUAGCCAUCAUGAUCCCGGAGCCCAAGGGCAGGGAGAUCGUGGCUCUGCUGGAACGCAACAUCACCGUGACGAUGCACAUCACCAUUGGCACGCGCAACCUGCAGAAGUACGUGAGCCGCACCUCGGUGGUGUUCGUCUCCAUCUCCUUCAUCGUACUGAUGAUCAUCUCCCUGGCCUGGCUGGUCUUCUACUACAUCCAGAGAUUCCGCUACGCCAACGCCCGCGACCGGAACCAGAGGCGUCUUGGAGAUGCUGCUAAGAAAGCCAUCAGUAAACUGCAAGUUCGAACCAUCAGGAAAGGGGACAAGGAAACCGAGUCGGAUUUCGACAACUGCGCAGUGUGCAUCGAAGGCUACAAGCCAAACGAUGUAGUGAGAAUCCUGCCCUGCAGGCACCUCUUCCACAAGAUCUGCGUGGACCCCUGGCUUCUGGACCACCGGACGUGCCCUAUGUGCAAGAUGAACAUCCUGAAGGCGCUGGGGAUCCCUCCCAACGCAGACUGCAUGGACGACAUCCCGCCGGACUACGAGGUGUCCAUCGGGGGCCCACCCACCAACGCGGUGACGGGCGCUAGUGACAUCACGGUCAACGAGAGCUCGCUGGUGAUGGACUCGGGCCUCCGCAUGGUGGCUCUCCCGCAGGUGUUCCCUGACCCCGACAGCCUGGUGCAGGCCGGAGAGAGCCACAACAUGGACUCCAAUGAUCAGCAGCCCAUGGCGAGCAGCGACUCCAGCAGCACCUCCCUCAUCCUGCCGGUGGAGGUGUGCCUGUCCAACGUGGAGCUGACCUCGGACCACGCCCAGGACGAGGUCAAGUCGUGAGGGGCCCCGGGGCGGAGCGGCACGGGCGGGGCGAGGAGCCACCCGGCCCGUGUGUGAGUGGGGGCGAGACAUUGUUUACGCGAGGGCGGUGUGUGUUACCACAAAGGAAAGGGGAGCCUGAGCACAGUGGUGUGCUCUGGACAGGAAAAGCAAUAGAAACACAGUGCUAUAUUAUUUCUUUCUUCAUGGCCUCCGCUGCAAUGAGAUACCAUAGCCCCGACCUCACUGGGGCUGCACACAGUAUGUUUAACUUCCACCAUGCCUGAUUUCUCCUUUCGUUUCCAAGCUCUCCUCUCCCGGCUGGACAAUGUGGACAGAAGAGAAGCAGCUUGUUUAGUUCUGGAAGAGGGGCUGUAGUAGAGACUUCUGGGUGUCGUUUAAUCCCCUUUCCCCUAGAAGGCAUGGAAAUGUAACCGUUUCAAUUGCUACGUCCGAAAAGCCACUGCCAAAAUGUACCAGUAUGAAACUCAACUUUUUUCUGUACACAAGUGUUUGCUUUGAGUGUCAAAAUGAGUGCCUGUGUGAACCAGCAUCAGCAGAUCCCCAGCUUUAGGAUUACAGAGGGCCCUGGCCACAGUGUUAGACCACGCGUCUUUCUUUCAGCUUUCCACAGCGCUUUGUAGACUUUGAACCCUUUCUAUACACUACUGUCCAAGAAUCCCUCAAGCUAGCUAGCAAGUCUGCUUUCCUGAACACUACUGAUUCUAAUCGAACAAUUCCAGGGAAUCCAAGUUAAAGUGCACCUUGUGAGCUAAAACUUAUUCCUCCAUUUUAUUUUGGGAGAAGUGUAAAUGGUAAAUUAGAGCUGCCUUUUAUUUACUUUUUUUUUUGGAACCAAUCGGAAUCCUGCUGGUAGUCUUAUCCCCUGUGAUUCUUGGACGGUGUCUGUGCAGUACCGUCCCUGCUCUUUGAGUCUGCCCUGGAGCGCCAAACUUCCAAUUAUGUGCGUGCCGGAGACAUUUGCAAGCGUUCGUCUAGGAGGGCGCGGUACAAUCAUGGUAGACCAGGGGGAACACAUUUUGGUGUAACAAUCAAAAAGUGGGUGUGCCACACCGUUCUGCUGCCAGAGGUGGUGAGGAGUAUUUUCCAUGAUGGAGCCUGGAAUGUCAUUCCCAUCACGAUCCAAAAAAAGAGCCAAACCCCUCCCCUUCCCCCACCCCUGAGCCUCGAUGGUCUGAGGUUGCCAACAAUUCAGUUUAGGGUGUAUUUUUCGGCUCUUGGAGAUCAUUCUGACUUGUCCCUUCAAAUGAGGGGGUGUCCACAAAACAAAUAUCUAAAAAUAAAAAGGUCAAAUUUUGAAAACUGAACUCGACAGGCAUAUCCUACAAAGUGUUUUUUUUGGGGGGGGGGGGGUUUCUUUUGCAUUUUAAAGACAUUGAGAUCAUUUCCAUGCUGUCUAUGGAGUCGGAUUUGUUUAAGAAAAACGAGAGCAGUGCUUCAGGAUUCGGGUUUGGUUGGAUACCCUACGCAUUCAAAUAAAUUCAGGCGGUUCUGUGAGUGGACGGACGGACUGUGCGACCUGACUCUGUAAAAACUGAAAGUGUUAGUCCUCAGACUAGAUUUCAUAGGGCUGCCCAAGCCAGCGUAUCGAUUUCAAUACAGGAGUCUACAUGAAAGAGGAGGGGCUUUAUCAGAUAGCUGGUAUGAAUAUGUGUUUGAGCAGAAAGUUACAUGCAGACAGAUAACUCAUUUUAAAUCAGGAUUUACCCCCCACACACCUGAUGCUAAUAUUAAGCAGCCAUGUCUUUCUUUCAUGAGAACCGUUGGAAGCUGAGUUCUCAGAUUGAUGUUACAAAAUCUGUAUAAACGUGAGGUCUGUCAACUCUCCCCAGAUAAGCACUAAUUUGUACUAUUUAAUGAUGGUAUAGAUUUCUAAUAUUUUUUCCUGAGGAGGAACACAAUUCAUAAUAAUUAACUGUUGGCUUGGUGAGCAUUUUGUUCAUCAUCAUUAUAUAAUCUUCAUGCAUUGCAAUUGACAUGACGUGGUCAAAGUAAAUGUGUGUAGAAUCCGAUCUCAGCAUGAACCAACUGGUAUGAGGUAGGAAAUGUAGUCAAAUGACAUUUAUUUUAGUAAGAGAAGUUUUAUUUUUAUAAAGAAAAGAGGAGGAAUAUUGUAUACUGUCACAUUGGAGUUUGGUAAAGUGAAUUAGUGUGUUUUGGGGUCAUAUAUUAAUGACAGCUGUUUUGUACCACCACUCCCUCCUUCCAAAUUUUCUAUUUGCGCACAUUACCAAAGAUGCAGUUCAUAGUUCAAAAGGUCUGAGAUCAUUUGAUUUUGCCAUUUCACCAUGUGACUGUAGUCGCCAAAGCUGUGUCGGCAUCUGACUACAACUGUAGUUCAAACAAACAAACAAACAUCAGUAAUGAUUUGACCCAAACGUAGUUGGGCUGGAAUGGAAAAUAUUGAUUUGUUAUUUGAUCAUUUGAUAGCUGGUGCCUCUGUGGAGGCUGAUAUCGAUGUCAUGGCGGAGCUGCAUUUGUUAUUGUCAUAUACGAAACUGCACGCACAGAAUGCUGACGGAAUGCAUUUAGUUCUAAUUCUCAAUGACACUAGUUAUCGCGCAUACCACAGACACAUUGCCUCGUGUGGUUGCUAGGAAACGGUAAACGUUUUAUUUCGAAACGUAAAAGUCGCAUUCUGCUAUGCUUUGCGUCAUUUCAUGCAGUAUUAAAUUUGGAUACAUUUAUAGCAGAAUGUCUCCCCUUUUUACAUCAAGUUUCUAUGAAAAACCAACACCUUCUUUCAUCUGUAAAUAAACAGCCAAACGAGCGAGGGAAUGCUCGAUAAAGUGAUUCAUCAAAACUUGCUCAGAUGUGAGUGCCGUGUGAAAUGCGAGUCUUUCCUCUUUGUUAAACUGCCGGGUCUCUUCAGUGCUAUUUUAACUAGUUCAACCUACACACUCGACACACAUUCUUGCUUCUGACGGUCCUUGGUAGCAUUGGAAUGGAUUCAAACAUUAAAAAUGAGAAUGUGUGAAGUAUGUUCAAUACACCCACCAAAGCUAGGACACAUUUCUGUGGCAUUAAAUAUUUAUGCUCCUUAGAAAAUAUGCAUUUCACAUGAUUUAAUGUAGCAUACUUGCUACUUUUUAUCUGUAAACUGUGCCAGUUUUAACGGAAUGAAACACAUGAGUAUACAGCUCUAUUAGGAAAGAGCAAACACUGCAUUGGAGAUCAUGUGCUUUUCCCUUGGGCUGGGACUAGCUACCUGAACUGCAUCACAAGCCUGAUGGAGUCACUCAUGCAUAGGGCUGCCUCUCCACUGACCCUCCACAGACCUGCUUCAUUUGAGCCAAACCCAUGCUAAUGGACGUCUGAGUGCUGUUUUCGCCCAGAGCCACUGCUUUCUAUCGUAGGCAUUUCAUUAUAAACAAAAGGACAAUUCCUUAAGGCCAUUUUUCAUGGUUGUAAGGCACCUAGUACGCCCUUUAAUAAGUGAGCAAGCAAGUUCAUGAUGGUUUGAAAACCAAACUAACUACGGUUACAGUGUUGAGACCUUGUUUGCUUACUUAAAGUCACUCGCCCUUAAAAGGAUAUUUGCAUUAGUGAGCAAGUACUGCCCAUUCUCUGAAGUCUUUGGUCUGACAUAGCACAUCCUGCUCAUAAUUUAUCGGACCACCAUCCUUGGGCAUCAACCCCACUUCCGUUAGUUAAAAUGGAAGAGAUGGUUCUGUAUAUUUACACAUACCCGGGCCCUUCGAAUAAUAGGGUGGAGUCUUAGUCUUGAGUCUUGAUAUACCCUCACCCACUGUCCACUCAUAGGCCUAAUUGAUCAGACAAGCACACGUCUCAAAUAAAUCUAACAAGAUUAUUCCCCAGAGCAACUAACAGAACCUCUACCCAACAAUUAUUUAAAGCACAUGAUUAUUGACGUUCUCCUCUUUCUUGCUGCAAGCUCCCUUUUGAAAUCCAAGCACAGCACCAGUAUUGAUUUGUACUUUUUAUUUUGUUUGUGUAUUCCUUGGCUUCCUUUAUUUUGUUGUCCCUCAUUCUAUCGUAACAAACCCAUUGGUAAAAAUAUGUUUUUCAUGGUGGAUAUAUCUUCCCACUUGUGGUGUACAUUUAGAUUUUACUUGGAUUUGUGGCUCCAUAUAGGUAGCUGUAUGUUAUUCUAAUGGGCAGGUAAAGGUAGAUUGGAAAUAUUUUUUUUAAUGUAUUCAAAAAAGCUGAAGAGGUUUUAAUGAAGUGAAUUCAUUCAUUCCUACAAAUGCCUCGCAACUGCUGAUUUCAGGUCUUGCAGACCUGCAGUUGAGAAGCAUAAGGACUUGUUAGUGAGAGUGCUCAUGUCACAAUAAUACUUCCAGUAUGUCCAGUAUGUUCUUCCCAGUGGCUUCCUCAUCCUGUUUAUCAGAGAGGGAAGGAGGAAGUGAGAACUCUGGUCUGUUUAUCUGCAGAUUCCUUGGGGGAAUCUGGCAGCUUGUACAACCAAUGCUAACAUACCAUGGUGUGCAUUAAAUGAGCAGUAUUUUUGGAGUAUGCAGGCAAGCAGUGUAGGAGCAAUGUUAUGUUUGCUUUUUUUGUUCCUGUAGUCAUUUCAUAUUUGAGGUGUGAGAUUUUAUGUAGACAGCUAUUAAGGAACAUUCCUGUUGGAAGCCGACUACAAGUGUUUGGCAUUGAUUCUUAGGUAAAAGCAGCAAUUAAACUCUGAUGAUGUACCCCAGUGGACUCUAAAUCUUUGGAGCAGGAGUAUAUGAUGGCCAUUUGUUUUGCUCUAAUGCCUGGGGUACUUAGCCCUGGUCCUGGAGGGCUGCAGUGUUUGCAUGCUUUCAUUGAAGCCGAGGCACUUAACCAUCUGCUUCAACUAGUAAUGGUCUUGAUAGUCGAUUCAGUUUCCCUCCCCAGUUCUGAGAAUGAGUGGUGUGGGCUAGGAGGUGGAACCCCUCCUCUUAUGCUGCAGAUCCCACAGCAUCGUUGGUUUAUUGUCAUCAUAAUGCAGUCUGCACUGUUUCUUUGCACAUACGGUCUACCCGGUUUGCUCACGUUUAUAUGUUUGUUACUGAUCUGGCAAAUGCCAUCUGUAUUGAUAGACCACCAACUUUUUUUGUAUGAACUAAGAGGAAGGUUGGCUUUUCAAGUAUUUGUACAGAACACACAGGUCAUGCUAACUCUCCUUUUUCCAUCAGAUUUCUCUGUUUGUGCAACUCUUUCCACAAGUUGUUUACAUUUUGUAAUGACGGUAGUGGAAAUGUCCAUCAGUGGCCUACAGAUGUGGACACCUCAGUACGCUGUCCUGUGUGACCGUGCAGCCAAGGGAAACGGGAUAUUAAUGAUAGAGGUUAAAGCAAAUGAGUGAUGUCAAUGGAAUGUACUUUUAAGCUGUGUUGUCUUGCUGUCCUUAACAUCUAUAUUUUUCAUUUUACAAGCUGACAUUUGCGUAUGUUAGCCAAAUCACACUUGAAAGUAGAUAGCACUCAUUUUAGCAAAUAUUAGGAAAUAUAUAAUUUCGUAAAAAAUUGGUUAUUUAAGUGGCAGAGAUGUUUCUCAGUGACAUUGAUGUUGGAUAAUUAAGCAUUUCAUCUGCUGCUAAACAAACGCUCGGCUCAACAAACGCUAAUGCACUUGGAUGUCCUCUAAAAUGUUCUUCCCAGGCUUGUUUUUGUGAAGUAUUAAAUUAUUUCAUUUCUUAAUAGAAAAAAAUGCCUCUUCUGCCUGUCUAUUACCAUUUUCUUUUCCUUUUUCUUUUUUUUAAACCGGUUGCAGACACCUUCCCAUAAUGCACUUUAAACCUUGAGAGAGAGAGGAAAGCAGACAAAAAAAAAAAUACGAGCUAAAAAUCUGAAUAGUUUUUGAGAAUGUCGCUGUGUAUGAAGGGGAGCAGGCUAUGGAGUGUGUAAUGGUGCAUUGUUCUAAAGUUGCCUCCCAGCUAACACGUCCUCACUGCGUUGCUGCAAAUUGUAGCAACUUCAACUUCGUUUUAUUACUUGCAACGUGACCGCAACGUUGUGAAGACAUUGUGUUUGCUGGGUCUUUGGUGGAUAUAAAGAGCCUGUCCUCUGUGUUUAUCCAAAAUGGCUCUUGGUAAGGGGGUUGUUACUAAUGUUAAUGUUGAGUACACUAUCCAGCAGAGUUACUAUAUUGCUAUUUUGUUACAUAGAAGAACAUGUAAAUAAUGUGCAGCCGUGUUGAUCUACUGUUAUAGUACAAUGUUGCACGUGUAUGACUCAAAAAAAAUGACUGUGAGUUACAAUAAAUUUUAUUGCAAGUUUUUCA